UAAGCUCUAAACACACUACAUAACUAUAUUAGUUAGACAAAAGAUGUCAUUUAUUAAAUAUUCUUUGAAUUUUCUUCUAUUAGCGACUCUCUGCAAAGCAUUUCCGGAGGAAGUACAGAAAUGUCACUUUGGCGAUGAAAAAUGUUUAGUCGACUCAAUGAAUUACGUCAUAAAACAUUAUCGAAAGGGAAUACCAGAAAUUGGUGUGAAGCCAAUCGAUGUUGUCGAUAUUGCAGACCUCAAUCUUGUAGGACAUGCAAUUACAUCCACUUGGAUUAACAUUAACUUGACGAAUCAAAUUAAUUAUGGUUUUGAGAAUACGACCAUCACAAGUGUCCAGGGCUUCAACAAAGAUCCCACAGCCACACAUCUGAAUAUCUCUGGCCAUAUACCCGUGUUAAUUCACAAGGGUUUUUUCAAAGCCGUAGGACAAAUAUAUUUGGUUAAAGCUAAUCUGUCGGGUAUAAGUUUAUCGGAAUUUCAAAAUCUGAAAUUCACUCUUAAACUGAAGAGCAUCAUCGAAUUUCGAAAUAAUAAACGAUAUUUAAAGAUAUAUGAACUAACUCCAAUUGUCAAAAUAAGUCGCUGGGUUAUCUGGAUGGAGGAUCUUUUCACGGAAAACUCCGAUAUGACAAUCAUUGUUAAUCGAAUUUUUAAUGAUAAUUGGCUUGAGAUUUGGAAUGAAUGGGAACCGACAAUUUUGAAUUCGUUUUCUGGCGUCUUUUUGGGACUGAUUAAGGAUGUGUUCGAUAAAGUUUCAUACGAUGAUUUGUUUUUACCGGAUUCAGAAGAUAAAUUGACUUGAUAAAGUAAAUUAAAUAAAAAGAAUUUUCUAAUAUGAAUUGAUGUAAAAGUUAUAAAUAUAUUUAUGAAGUGCAGAUAAUUACAAAUCA